ACACAGUUUUCCAUCCACUCCUCUCCACAUCCUUCUGCACCUCUUUACACCAAACUGGUUCUCUGAGAGGCUUCAUCCUGGCCGGCACUAUUCCAGCCAAGGGGGAAGAGGACUUCCUGACGCUGGCCGCUUCACGGCUCAGCCGCAGGAAACGCGUCAUUGGAGCUGCUGUAGGUGUGGCCAUGGUUCUAAUACUGUUGGUGGCCAUUCCCCUGCUGGUCCAUACAACCAAAGGGGGGAACGCCGAAAAUGCAGGGAGCCAUUUUGAAAUGCUUGGAAGCUGCAGGAUGGUUUGUGACCCCUACACUACGUCUCAGCCUGGCCAGGAGCUGACAGCUGUGUCUCCACCACCCCAGGAUUACUCAGGGAAGAAGAUUAAGCCUGGGUUUCGUGGGCCUCCAGGGAUCCAUGGCCCUCAAGGAGCACGUGGACCCCCUGGAGAGCCAGGCAAACCAGGUCCACAGGGGCCCCCAGGUCCAGGUCCUGGUGGCUAUUCUCCCUCACUCUACACUCCCAAAAUUGCCUUUUACGCAGGGCUACGCAAGCAGCACGAAGGGAGUGAAAUACUGAAGUUUGAUGACGUGGUGACCAAUGUAGGCAACUACUAUGAGCCCAGCACCGGCAAGUUCACCUGUCCUCUGCCGGGCAUCUACUUCUUCACCUACCAUGUUCUAAUGAGAGGUGGUGAUGGGACCAGCAUGUGGGCAGACCUGAAGAAGAACGGACUGGUAAGAGCCAGCGCCAUCGCUCAGGACGCUGAUCAGAAUUACGACUACGCCUCCAACAGUGUGAUCCUGCAUUUGGACGUGGGUGAUGAGGUGUGUGUGCAGCUGGACGGAGGGAAGGUCCACGGAGGGAACACAAACAAGUACAGCACCUUCUCCGGUUUCCUCAUCUACCCAGACUGAAUCUAAUCCUUCCUCGCAUGGACUGGACACCAACACACACACACUUAGACAUAAUAACACUUACACAGACAUGAACGUAUGCCAAUCAAUGCACAUAUACAGACAUGCAGACUCUCGACAUGGACAGACAAAUAUAUACAUACACCAAGGCAAGCAAACACACACACAUACAGACAUGCUGAGAUUACAAACAGACUACAAAAGCACGGAUCCAGUGAAAGUCAAAGAUAAGUGGAAUUAAGUCGAGUUGCGUGAAUUUGAGCCAAUAAUAAGCAACUGCAAUUAAUGGCGCCCUUUGUGCAAAUAUGAAUAACAGAAGAUGUACAGUAUAGGUGCACAUAACAAUUGCACGUUGCGGCUCGGAAAUAUCUAAAAUACUUUAAUGUGUUCCGUAUUAACUGACAUUGUGAGAACUAGAAUAUAACAAUCACUAUCAGCAUAAUUGUUUUUUUAAUGCAAUAAUGGUGUUGAGGGUGCCAUUAAUCACAAUGACUAAGCUGAGGCAAAUACAUGGACUGUAUUCCAGUCUUUACCUUAUACAUUUCUGCUGUCCAUUCCAGUGACCUCUGACCGAAUGGCCUGCCUAUAUUCUGCAAUUCAUUGUGAAAUAUUGUUUUCCCUAAAGUGAAUAACACCAGUUGAAAUGAAAUCCCUGUUGUGAUUCAAUCUGCAUUGAGGCCAUACUGAUCAAAAUAAGGCCAUCUGAAUGAACACAGAUGUCUGACCUCUCUUUCCUGUUGCCAUCAUGAAGCAGGAUAUCGCAGCAAGACAUAUUAUAAGACAUCGCAUUUUAUGGAUGGCACUUGUGUGUGAUGAAGUUUUAAUUGCCAAGUGCAUUAUUGAUAAUAUUGUGUGUGUGUGUGUGUGUGGGGUCAGUAGUAUGAGUGGAUAUAUAGAUAUUGUAAUAUAAUGCAGCAGUGAAAAUGAACAUCUGCAGUGUUUGACUUACAUUUAAUGUUGUACAAUACAUUACAGGCACGUUACUGUAAUUACACUGCCAUACCUACUUAGUACUUUAUUUUUGAGAGACCCUGUCAAAGUAUCAUCAUAUGUAUCAGCACAGUAAUCCUGGGAUGGGCUAACUGCCAUGUUGAAUAGGCCGAGUAGAGAACUGCUAUUAAAAAUAUC